CUUGAGCAGAGGAUUGGAGGCAAUUGUGUGUGAGCGCCGGCAAGAGUACUAGCUGGCCGCCGAUCAGGGCUCCGAUUGUGGCCGAUUGGAGCAUUUGUGAAUCAGAAUCAGCAUAUCGGGGCGUGCUAUUUUCUGGAUUAAUAUCAAUAUUAAAAUACCAAGGCCCUCUAACCAUCAAGGCCAAAUACAAGCGAGGUUAAGCUAGUUAGUCAUGCUGCCAACCCAACCACAGAGGGACUCCACUGGCAAGCCCCUGGAGCCUGUUGCAGUGCCAGCAGAAGGCUGCCUGGGGCAAGAUAGAGUCGAUCUGCUCGCGCGUCUCACGGGAACCGUCUGCCGUCCCGUCAUGCGUCGGGCGCGCAGCUGGCCGGAACUGGCAGCCGAGCCGGCGGCGCCGCCGCCGCCCGACCGGCCGCCGCUGGCGCCGCUGAUCCUCCAGAUCGACUACGCUCCGCCGCCGGAGGAGGGGGCGCCCAGCCGGUGGCGGCGGCGGUACAGCGAGCGCCUGACGCGCCGACGAAGGCCCACCGCGCCCGCAGAACCCGCGGCCGCAGCCGCAGCCGCAGCCACAGGCACCUCACCGGCGACAGCGCGGACGGAUGUGAAAGCUCUGGAGAAGGAUGUUACGGACAGUGCGGCGCCGGCUGCGGAUAGUGCUUCGGUUGGCGCAUGUAAGCCUCCCGUUGGGCCCUCGCGGCCUCCCGCCGCCUCUGGUCCGACCGCUGCCGCCGCGCAGAGCCGGCCGACGGGCGCCGUACCGAAGAGGCCGACACACGGUCGUUCCCAGUCGGCCACGGUGCCCGCCUCCGUCACAGCCGCCGCCAUCGCCUCAGCCGUAGCCACAUACGCAGGCGCUGGACCGGCGCGUGUGGCCGCCUCACCGUCCGGCGGCCGGCGGCUGGUGCGCGCGGCCACCACCUCGUCCCGGCCGCCGACGCAGCCCGCAGAGGAGACGCUGCCCUCUCCGUCCGAGCACGAGCAGCUGGGCUUCAUCCCGCGCUCGCUGCCGUACCGAGGCCGUCACGGGGAGCACUACCCGAGCUUUGUCGAGUCGGGCGGCGGCCACUCGCUGGUGUACGGCUUGGACGGAUAUUUCCCGAAGCCGCGCGACGGUCAGUCGCUGACUGACUUCCUCGGCUCACACGAGUUCAAACGGAACGUGGCAGAGCUGGACCGAGAGAACGCCCACUUCCGGAUAUCGGAGUCGCUCAUCGCAGCCUUUGAGAUGGUCGGAUCAGAGAUGCGAAUGUUGUCAAAGUCCGGGGGAGAGCGGCGUCGGUCGAACCCGACAGCCAGUAUUGGUGACCUACGGCGGCGACUGGUGGAGCGAGGGGCGUCGGGCGCCUCCGACCGGGAGCGACUCAUCAGCGACACCAGCGGCUCCCCGUCGUCCUGUUCGGGCCUCUCCGAUCUGGAACUGACGGACGACACACCCCCGAGCUCAGCCGUUCACGACCCCGGUGGCGUCUCUGCGCCCGUCGUCCCCGGCUGUGGCCGCCGCUCUGCCCCGGUCUCCAUCCCUAGCAGUCAGCCGGACCCCCCGCCGCCUCAGCCGCCGGUACCGCUGGCCCCGGCGCCGCGCUCCGCCACCGCCGAGAACAUAGCGCUGUCGCUUCUGUCGCGCUUCCCCGAGAAACAGCUGCCCAAGGCGUCCGACCUGGUCUGGCUGGUCGGGGAGGAUGAGGUGCCGCAGAGCCUGCUGCCGAUGCCCAGUCUGGACGCCAAUCGCGGGGAGCCGGACGAGCGGACCUCACCGACCAGCUCCACGGGCAAGGCGCCGCCGGGUGUCACACUCCGCGGCACCGCCGAGUGGGCGCCACCGCGCGCCCAGAUCAUAUUCUCCAUUCACAAACAGGGAAAACGCUCGGUGGCGAUGGCCCGUCAGUCCCACCGCUGUGCCGGCUGCGGCCUCAAGGUGUCACCGUCCCUCGCCAAGAAAUUCCGCUGGUGCGAGUACCUGGGGCGCUACUUCUGCACCGGUUGUCAUAGCAACCAGCAGUUCUACAUUCCGGCGCGCAUCAUCCACAAACACGACUAUACCAUGUACCCGGUGUCUAUAUUCUCCCACCAACUUCUGCUAUCCAUCUGGCGUGACCCUCUGUUCCACGUGAACGCCAUCAACGCGUCGGUGUUGAACCACGCAGAUCUACACCAGUGCCGAGUGCUGCGGAGACGACUCAGCUCGGCGCAGAAAUACGUCGGGUCGUGCCGCUUCGCCAAACAGUUGCUGCGCACCCAUCCACUGCCGGAUGCCUACAUCAUGGAUGAGAUUGACCUCUACUCCCUGCGAGAUCUCGUCGAGGCCAACAGCAGGGUGCUGACCAACGACCUUCAGAAAAAGUACAACGCCUACUUGGAACACUGUCGACUCUGUCAGCUGUGUCGCGGUCGCGGGUUCCACUGUUGGGGCUGCGCCGAGCGGCGGCAGCGGCAGCGCGAGGAGCGCCACCGGCGGCGGCCGGCGGCGCGCUGCUGCCGCUGCCCGCGCCGCCUGCGCUCCCUGGCCGGCCGGCUGCGCGCUCAGUGGCGUCGUUUUGUCCACCAGCUGUGCUGCGGCCGGGCGUUCCACUGCGAGGCGUGCCAUCACCAGCAGGUGCUGUUCCCGUUCGAGGUGCCCGAGGUGCGCCAGUGUGCGGGCUGCGGCGCCUGCUACCACUACCUCUGCUACCCGGAGGCGGCCGGCUGUGCGCGCUGCCGCCGGCUCGAGCAGCGGCGCCGCGCCUCUGUCCAGGUCGUCUGACGUGGCGAGGCGGGGACAUGGAGCGUCGGAGGAGGUCACAGGGGGGCGUGGGCCGGAUCUGAAGGCUGUGUCGGUGUGUGGGUGUCAGAGGCCUUGACCGAGUGGUGCUCGACGUGGCUGUGCGACUGGCAUAAGGGCCCACUCUAACGUGUACAAAUGAGCAUAGCCGUGGCUGUGGCCACAACGGCCGAUAACAUUCCCGGCACACGCUGGUUUUAUAUUCGCUGAGCACUGAUGGUUCGUGAAGCUAAUGUAUCAGGUCACAGGUCCUUUCGCCUGGUGUCACGUUAGGGCGACAUUGUAGGGUUGUUUCGCGCUCAGUCUAGCGAGCAAUGUUGAUGCUGCUCAGGGACUGUCGGCUGCCAGAGUACUGGGUCCAUGGGCUCCAGGCCGAUCGGAGAACUCGCGAGAGGAUGACGUGUGUUGGGGACGCCUCAGAGAGAGCUGUGACUAACCGUCUUUCUGCCCGAGCGGCUUCAGUAUUAGACUCAGUGGUGGGACGGCGGGCUGAGGUAUGUAUGUACUGUGUACAUCGGUUCGUUGACGGGAUUAUAUUUGGUUUGCAUACUCUGUGUAUUGAUCGGUGAGCCAACUGCCUGUGCUAGUUGUGGGGUGAUGCAGACAGCCAUGGGAUCUCUGUUCUCGUAAUGGUCACGCUCGUUAGCACCCUCAGUAUUAUGGUGUGUGUUUACAGAUUAUCUACUCGGUAGUUAUAUUUCCGGUAAAAUAAGACGUAUCAUUAUACCCUGGGCUGUUUUACUCGGGACAAUACCAUGUUUAGAACCUGCCAAGAUAUCAAGGUCGAUACAUACUAUGGACACGGCGCUUAUCAAAUGUAUCGAACAAUAAUGGUUUAACGGUCCUCUAUUGUAUGCCACGAUCUCUAUGUUACCGGAUUGAUAGCGUGUAGAUGGAUGACCAUGUACUCAAAUAUAAAUUGAAUUGUCACCUUUUACUCGUACACGCUAAGCAAUUGAACAAUGGAGUUUACUCCUCCGCAUGGUCCAAUGUUGUCAAUCAGGAUUGAAGAUCUGUCUGGCAAUAAGCGCGUAAUCUCUGCUGUACCACUGCUCCAUGUUUAUGCAUUCCGUGCUAUAUCUACUCGUAUUAUGCUCGUGUACCUCUUAAUGAGCCCCGAGUAUGUUACCAUCACAAACUAUGCAAUCGGAUAUAAGCGGUGGACAUUAUAAGACAUUGUGCGAAAGGGAAUAUGCAUAGUGAGCCUUAUUGCGUCGCGCCGUAUUGCCAUUUAUAUAUGACUGUGAAUACACCAAAUAAUGACGCA